GUCGGAAGUCAAUCGGCAACUAACAACUACUUCUCCUUUGGUACUACGCCUACGGUUUCGCUCCGCUCCGUUCUCAGCCGUAAAUUGAUGUAAGUUCUGAGCAACUUUCUAAUGCCGGGUCCGGGUGGCACAACGAUGAGAAAGAAAUCUACCAAGAAAUACCAGAUUCCCAAUCCCCAACAGCCUCAGAUGGUUUCUUCUUCUCCCUCCUCCUCUCUAUUCAAUUGUAGAAAAAUCUCUCUGUCCCUUCUGGUUGUUGUGGUUGUUAGUUUGGUAGCUCUCUUAAGCUUUUCGUCGAACAAGGAUCGUGCGUUUAGAUCUUCUUCAAGUCCUCCCCUCCCGGUGCAGCUUUAUGUUGUUGAAGUAGUCAACGUGUUCCCUCACGACCCCAAUGCCUUCACUCAGGGGCUUCUAUAUUCUGAGAACGACACCUUGUUUGAGUCAACUGGGCUUAACGGGCAUUCGUCUGUUCGGAAAGUUGCUCUUCGGACUGGUGAGGUGCAUACUAUUCAGUCAAUGCAUUACUCUGACUUUGGGGAGGGCUUAACUCUUCUUGAUGAUAGGCUGUUUCAAGUAACUUGGAGGCAGAAUACUGGUUACAUAUAUGACCGAUAUAAUUUUAGCAAUUUUGUGGCAUUUACUCAUGAAAUGGAAGAUGGCUGGGGAUUGGCAACGGAUGGAAAAGUUCUGUAUGGAAGUGAUGGAACCUCAGCAUUGUAUCAGAUUGAUCCCCAGACUCUGAAAGUAACCCGAAAACAAAUUGUUAAGUAUCAAGGACAUCAAGUGCCACAACUAAAUGAACUUGAGUAUAUAAAUGGUGAAGUUUGGGCAAAUGUGUGGAUGACUGAUUGUAUUGCUAGAAUCUCUCCUAAAGAUGGCACUGUGCUUGGAUGGAUUCUCCUUCACAAUUUAAGAGAAGGAUUAUUAGCAAGCGGGGCUAAAGAUAUAGAUGUCUUGAAUGGCAUAGCAUGGGAUAGAGAUGGUGGUCGUAUUUUUGUCACUGGAAAACUGUGGCCAAAACUUUAUGAGAUCAAAGUGCAUCCACUGAAGACACCAAUCAGAGAAGAUAUCAAACAGAUCUGCAUUCCUACAACGGAGGAUUUUUAGGUUAUGAAGGUGGAAAGCAGACUACUUAGCCAAUUGUAGUGGUGAGUGAAAUUAGAAAGCAACACACUGAGUAUGAAUGCCGCGGAUCUACAAUUUUUUUUAAAUCUUUUUGUAUCAUACCAGCAAUGCAAAGGUAGAUUAAAUUUUUACACAAGCAUGAGAGGAACAAAGUAGUUGGCAUUGUACAAAGACGCCAUGCCUAUUCAUAUAUGAUUGUCAAAUCUUCUCUUCCCCUAUUAUAUAAGGAUCCUUCUUUA